CUUUUCUGGACGACCAAUUAAUUCAGCCUUGUUCCAGCUGCCUCUUAUUGUACAUGGACUUUUUUUCAACCAUCGCACCAACGUCAACUAUCAACUUAUCAACUCAUCAACUAUCACCAACUCUCUUUUUUCUUUCUCUUUUCUUUAAAGAAAACGCACCUUCAACAACUAAUUAAUAACUUUGUCCCAUUAAUUACUAAUCACUAAAUACUUAUACCCAAAAACUCUGUACUUUUGGGUCUCCAAAAGAAAAAUGGCGGCAGAGCAAAGAAAGCUGCUUGAGCAGCUUAUGGGGGGGCCUCAAACCUCGCGCUCGGCCCAAGUCUCGCUGACCGACCCGAAGGUGUGCCGAUCCUACAUCGUGGGCACCUGCCCGCACGACCUAUUCACGAACACGAAACAAGAUCUAGGGCCGUGUCCCAAGAUCCACGCGGAGUCGCUGAAGGCUGAGUACGAGGCCCUACCCGACGCGGCGCGCCAGAAGUACGGGUUUGAGAUGGACUACGCGCGGGACCUGCAGAAGUACAUCGAGGAGUGCAACCGGCGGAUCGACGCGGCGCAGCGGCGCCUCGAGAAGACGCCCGACGAGAUCCGGCAGACGAACGUGCUCCUCAAGGCCGUCUCCGACCUCAGCGCCACCAUCAACUGCGGCCUGCAGGAGGUGGAGAUCCUCGGCGACCUCGGCGAGGUCAGCCGCGCCUACGAGGAGUUCUUCAAGGUCCGCCAGGCCGCCCAGGCCAAGAUGGAGCGCGAGCGCGAGCUCAAGACCCUCGCCGACACCAGCGGCCCUUCCGGCCACCAGAAGCUCCAGGUCUGCGACGUCUGCGGCGCCUACCUCUCCCGGCUCGACAACGACCGCCGCCUCGCCGACCAUUUCUACGGAAAGAUGCAUCUCGGCUAUGCUCAGAUGCGGAAGACGUACGAAGCCCUGCCGAAGGAUAUCAGAGGACGUCCGCGCCCCCCGCUGCAGGACGACGGACCCAUGCGGGACGAAGGCUACGGCGAUGGCGGGUGGAAAGGAGGGCCUAGGGGACCCAGACGUGGUGGUUACGGAGGUAGGAGUGGACGCGGUUUCCGCAGCGGGUGGUAAUACAAUAACAAUAACAACAUCAACAACAUCAAAGCAUGUGGAGGAGUUACUGGCGUAUAGCUUUCAGUGGUCAAAAUUGAUUGGACAUGAUAUCAUUACAUUACGGGUUAGGCACACAUAAAAUACCUAUAUGAGU